CGGCGGGCGGCCGCGGGCCGGGGGCUGCGCGGCGCGGCCGCCGUGAAUGUGCAGGCGGCGGAGGGCGGUUAGGCGUUCGCGGCGCUCGCAGCGGUGUAUUGUGGGAGGCCGCCGCCGCCAGCAGCGAGCACACACAAUAUGUGGUGGCUCGCGAAAACGGGAGGCAGGAGCCUGGCGGCCAGCCCGCGCCGGUAACCGGCCCCAUGUGAGACGGGAGCUCGCCUUUCGCCGCCCGGAGACGAUCGGCCGCCGAGCGCGAUGUCUUUCCGAGAGAUCAAGGCGGGGGAAAAAGCCAAGCACCCUGAAGAUCAUGGCAAAAAGCAGAGUUCAAGUUGGAUCAACGGAAUGGAGAACAGCACACAAGCCAGCACUUCUGUCGAGAAAAGAAAUCACCAUUGGAGAAGUUACAAGUUGAUUAUUGACCCGGCUCUGAAAAAAGGACAGCACAAACUCUACCGUUACGAUGGGCAACAUUUCAGCAUGCCUAACUCGGGAAUCGCUCCUGUUGACUCUGUCAGGGAUCCCAGAAUAGGGCGAAUAUGGACCAAAACUAAGGAGUUGGAGCUGUCUGUCCCCAAAUUCAAGAUUGAUGAAUUUUACGUGGGGCCAGUGCCUCCCAAGCAGGUCACCUUUGCCAAGCUGAAUGACAACAUCCGUGAAAACUUUUUGACCGACAUGUGCAAGAAAUACGGUGAAGUGGAAGAGGUGGAGAUUCUCUACAACCCUAAGAACAAGAAGCACCUGGGCAUUGCCAAAGUCAUCUUUGCCACUGUCAAGGGUGCCCGGGAGGCUGUCCAGCACCUUCACAACACCUCUGUCAUGGGCAACAUCAUCCACGUGGAGCUGGAUACGAAAGGUGAAACCCGCAUGAGAUUCUAUGAACUCCUCGUUAAUGGUCAUUACACUCCUCAGACCCUUCCUGUAGGCACCGAACAGGAUGUAUCACCAACUGUCAAUGAAACUCUCCAGUUGACAGAUUCCCUGAGGCGCCUGAAAGACAGUAACCUUUCUUCUGCGGGAUCAUCUGUUACCCCAAACAGCAGCACACCUUUCUCCCACGACACAGCCUACUCCAGCUGUCGGCAGGACACCCCAAACUCAUACAGCCAAUUUACCCCCCAGUCCCAAGGAACGCCUCACACCCCACGGUUAGGGACGCCGUUUUCCCAAGAUUCCACCUAUUCUAGUCGUCAGACAACACCCGUGUACCAUUUUGGGCAGGACAGUGGGUACAAAGCCAGGAGACACGAAACAAAAUUUACAGAUGCCUACAACCGCCGACCGGGACAUCACUAUGUUCAUAACUUGCCAGGUGUUUACCGGGGGACGGAGCAUCAGUUCAGCACCUACAAAUCCCAUCAGCAGGAGCCCGUUCAGUUUUCUCACACUCCUCCCCUGAGCCACUCUAGUUCUUCGAGCUACAAAUCUGCCUUCUCUCCCUACCAAGCACCAGCUGUAUUCCCCCAGUCGGAUGAGCAGCAGUUUCCCCAGACUUCAAGGGAAGCAGAGUACCGAAGACCUGCGCCACCUCCCACUGAGAUGGUUGUGGAAAGCAGCGCUGCUGCUAACGUCGAUUUUGUCCCGGUGAAGGAGAAACAGGAGGAGCCUCCGCCCCUGCCCGAUUCAAACUCUGUUCCUGAACCGAGCACAACAUCCUUCUCUCAGACUCCAGAGAGAAGCGAGACCCCUGGCACCCCCACCAUGGAGUCAGAAAUGCAGCAUAACAGUUUAGACUCAAGGAUUGAGAUGCUCUUAAAAGAGCAGAGAACAAAGUUACCGUUUCUUAACGAGCAUGACUCGGAUAACGAGAUCCGAAUGGAAGGUAGCCCUAUUUCCUCCUCUUCUUCCCAGCUCUCUCCCAUCCCAAUGUACGGUUCAAACUCUCAGCCCGGUUACAGAGCUCAGACACCUUCCUCACGCCCCUCCAGCACGGGCUUGGAGGACAUCAGCCCGACACCCUUACCUGACUCUGAUGAUGACGAGCCCAUCCCUGGGACAGCUUCUCUGAGUCAGAAUUCCCGAGGGACGUCGGAGGCCAGCAUGACUCCCAUUGACCAACUGAGCAGGACUUCCAAAAUUGAGACCUCUGAGGCUAAAGAAAUGGUGCCUGGUGACCAGACUCCAACGUCAGAGAAAAUGGACGAGGGUCAGCAUUCUUCAGGGGAGGACAUGGAAAUCUCCGACGACGAGACCAACCCUGCGCCCAUCACCAGCGCAGAAUGUGCCAAAACCAUUGUGGUGAACUCCUCUGUCAGCAACUCAGCUGUGAUGGCCCCGUCGAUCCCCCCCUUGCCGCCGCCAGGAUUCCCUCCUCUCCCUCCCCCGCCGCCACCGCCGCCGCAGCCGGGCUUCCCCAUGCCCCCGCCGCUGCCGCCCCCGCCGCCACCCACGCACCCCGCCGUCACCGUCCCGCCGCCGCCGCUCCCGGCUCCCCCCGGGGUCCCUCCGCCUCACAUCUUGCCUCCGCUCCCUCCCUUCCAUCCCGGCAUGUUCCCGGUCAUGCAAGUGGAUAUGAUAAGUGUCUUGGGCAACCAGUGGGGUGGCAUGCCGAUGUCCUUCCAGAUGCAAACUCAGAUGCUGAGCCGCAUGAUGCAGGCGCAAAACACGUACCAGUAUCCUCCUUUCAUGACGGGCCGGAUGCAGUUUGUGAAUCUUCCGCCCUACCGCCCUUUCUCGAUGGGAGCGGCUCUUGGCCGUGGUCAGCAAUGGCCACCACUGCCCAAGUUUGACCCCUCGGUUCCGCCACCGGGUUAUGAGCCGAAGAAGGAAGAUCCCCAUAAAGCCACUGUGGAUGGAGUCCUCUUGGUCAUAGUGAAGGAACUAAAGGCUAUCAUGAAGAGGGACCUGAACCGGAAGAUGGUUGAAGUGGUGGCAUUUCGGGCGUUCGAUGACUGGUGGGACAAGAAGGAACGUCUGGCAAAGGCAUCUCUCACCCCAGUGAAGUCUGGAGGAGAAGUGGAAGAAAAACCAAAGCCAAAGGAUCGAAUCACAUCUUGUCUUUUGGAGAACUGGAACAAAGGAGAAGGGCUGGGAUAUGAGGGAAUCGGCCUGGGCAUUGGCUUACGAGGAGCCAUCCGGUUGCCAUCCUUCAAGGUGAAAAGAAAGGAGCCACCUGAAGCUGCCUCAGCAGGAGAUCAAAAGAGGAUCCGGCCUUCUACCUCUGUGGAUGAUGAAGAUGAAGAGUCAGAGAGGGAUAGAGAUGCUUCUGAUACAACAUCUGACCUGUCAAAGAAGGACGCUGAAGCAGUGGGGCUGAGGCGGCGACCAGCAAGGCCUCUGGAGCUCGACAGCGAGGGAGAAGAGGGAGAUGAGACAUCAGGGAAAGAGGAAGAGUCCUCCUCAGAGAAGGAAGAGGAGCAGGAAGAAGAGGGAGGCUUGGUGAAAGCAGCACCUGGCAAGGAGGAAGAGGAGGAUGAGGAGGAGGAUGAAGAUGAUGAGGAUGAAGAUGAUGAUGAAGAGGAUGAUGAGGACGAAGAUGAGGAAGAGGAGGAGACAGGUAUAGACACCAGUGACAAGGAGGAGGAGCAGGACUCUGAGGAGGAUGUUGCAAGUCCCUCGUCUUCCAAGGCUGAAGUUGAGUCAUCUGAGGAAAGUGAGGACUCCUCUGAAUUUGAGUCGAGUUCAGACUCAGAUGAUGAAGAUGAGGAGGAUGAUGAUGAGGAGGAGGAGGAGGAAGAGGAGGAAGAAGUGGCUGAAGAUCAAGACAGAGAAGCCAUGGUUGCUGAGACAGUGCAUGAACCUAUUGCUCAGGAGCUUCCUGAUGAUGAGAGGGAGACUAUUUUGGAGCUGUAUCCUGUGGAUGUCUACAUGGAUGCAACAGGCUUGGGACUCACAGAGCCAGCUUUGGCACUGAAAGAUGAAGGCAUGGAAGAAAUCAAGGCAGGGGAAAGUGAAUGUGGUGAAGUCCCAGAGUCAUCUAUUGCUGCUGAAACUCUGAAACACUUGGUUAUGGAGCGAGACCAGGAGACAAAACUUGCUCUGUCUCCCAUCUGUAGGCCAGAGGAAGAGUCCGAACCUGCUACCAUGAUGGAGCCAGAGGUGCAGGAAGGUCCGAAGCCUGAGUCUCAAGAUGAGGGAGAGACGGUCUGUGUCUCAACUCCGGUGGGAGUCUUUGGAGAACCUCUGCCCAAUAAAGGCAACUUCUUCAGCAAGGCUGAGGACAGCAGUUUAGAAGCUCAUGUUAAAGCAAACCUGCCAUCUGCAGUGGAGGAAGACGGCCGGCUGCCUCACACACCAGGGCGGGACGCCACGAUCCAGUCGGAGACUGAUACUGUUCUGCUUCCAGCCCACCAGGUGCCAUCCUCCAUCCUUCCUUUGCCAUCAACUCCUGGUAAGGAAGAAUCUUUAGUCCCUCCAGAAAAGUUCCCUGAGCAAUUAAUGGUGACCAAAACACCUGUGGAAGAGGAGAUUCCCAGGACCCCUGGGCGGGACAUUUCGGCCAAGUCUUCACACCCGCUUGCAAAGUCACAGAGCACGGACACUGUUCCAGCCACGCCGGGAAGCGACGCUCCCCUCACGGGAAGCAGCUUGACCCUCAGUUCCCCACAAGUCCCCGGGAGCCCCUUUUCCUACCCAUCCCAGUCUCCUGGCAUUAACAGUGGCAUUCCUCGGACUCCUGGGAGAGAUUUCAAUUUCACACCUACUUUCCCAGAGGCUGGUGCUACCAUUCCUUGCCUUCUGUCUGGCAAGAAGCAGUCAGAGGAGGAGCUGGACGAGAAACCCUUUAAAGAGCCUCUUGGUGCUUCCCUUAUGAUCAGCAUGAACAGUGUUCCUUCCCCUAUCCCCUUUGCCAGCCCCCCACAGGCAGAUUUCCACACGGACAUGAGUUUGCCACCUGAUGAGCAAAUGCCAGUAGCGGCCCUGCCGUGCAUGCAUGGAGAUGGAAGAAUGCCCAUCGAGGAGUGCAAGGCAGAAGUAAAAUCUGUUUUACUCUCACCAGAAGUACCCACUGGUGCUUCUAUUCUUCCUCCCCCACCACCACCUUCUGUUCUUCCCAAAAGGAGGCCAGGUCGGCCAAAACGGUCACCACCUUCUGUCCUCUCCUUGGAUAUGUACUCGGGCAAAGCCAUAGAACCUCCUCCCGUGCCAGUGACCUUGGUGGGAAGUGCUGUGGGCAAAGAGCUGUUGAGUGGACAUCCUGACGCUUUCUAUGGACUGAAAGACCCUGAAGCUGUCACCCUGGACUUCAGGAAUGAUGGUUUCCAUGAAAAGAUAGCAGCUGAGACAGUUGCAGAGAAACUGCCGUUUAAGGAACUGGAGAACCAGUGGAAUGAAGACUUCAAGGAAGAAGAAGCUCACGCGAAACCUAAAAGACAGUGGCGAAGGCAGAAGAAGACAUCUGAGGACCUCCCAGCAAUUCCUUCCCCUGAGUAUUCCCCACCCCGACCUCAGUUCAGGCCACGCUCCGAGUUUGAGGAGAUGACCAUUUUGUAUGACAUCUGGAACGGAGGCAUAGAUGAGGAAGAUAUCAAAUUCAUGUGUAUCACAUAUGACCGCUUGUUGCAGCAGGACAAUGGGAUGGACUGGCUCAAUGACACCCUCUGGGUAUUCCAUCCUUCUACCAGCUUUUCUACCCCCAAGAAAAAGAAGCGGGACGAUGGGAUGCGGGAGCACGUGACGGGCUGUGCACGGAGCGAGGGCUACUACAAAAUUGAUAAGAAGGACAAACUGAAAUACCUCAACAACAGCCGAGCGUUUGCAGAGGAGCCUCCAGCUGACACACAGGGUAUGAGCAUCCCUGCCCAACCUCAUGCUUCCACCCGGGCUGGCUCUGAGAGGCGGUCAGAGCAGCGCAGGCUCCUCUCCUCCUUCACUGGCAGCUGUGACAGUGACCUGCUCAAGUUCAACCAGCUCAAGUUCCGAAAGAAAAAACUAAAAUUCUGCAAGAGCCACAUCCAUGACUGGGGACUGUUUGCUAUGGAGCCCAUUGCAGCUGAUGAGAUGGUGAUUGAAUACGUGGGGCAGAACAUCAGGCAGGUCAUUGCUGACAUGCGUGAGAAGCGCUACGAGGACGAGGGCAUCGGCAGCAGUUACAUGUUCAGGGUGGAUCACGACACCAUCAUCGAUGCCACCAAGUGCGGCAACUUCGCCCGGUUCAUUAAUCACAGCUGCAAUCCAAACUGUUACGCUAAAGUCAUCACGGUGGAGUCUCAAAAGAAGAUUGUCAUCUACUCCAAACAGCACAUCAAUGUGAAUGAGGAAAUUACUUAUGACUACAAGUUUCCAAUUGAGGAUGUAAAAAUCCCGUGUCUAUGUGGCUCUGAGAACUGCAGGGGAACCCUGAACUGAACUUGAGGUUUCUCGUCACACUUGCACCUUCGGCCGUGUCAGGACUGUGGUAACCAGGUGUUGGUUGCACUUUGCCAAAAAAAAACAAAGCAAAAAGAGGAAAAAAAACAAAAAAAAAAAGGGAAAAAAAAGGAAGAAAAAAAAUUAAAAAGGAAAAAAAUAAUUUAAAAAAAAAAAAGAGAGGAAAAAAAAACCCAAGAGAAGAAAAAAACCCAAACAAGCAAGUUUCGCACUUCUGCCAGGAUCAUGGAUGAAAGCAACAAGCGCACACGCUUACCAGGACUGUUCAUGUUUCAGGUGCUCUUUCCUUUUCAGAUCCAACACGCACACAAAAAGGUGAUUACCGUUUUGUGGCAUGGUCUAUCCAAACACUAGCUUCUCUGUCCAGUCCCUACAUUAAUGCUCCCUCGUGGGAUAAUGGUACCUUUAUUUUUAAAGCUGUUGUUAUCAACCUUCAUCCUUCCGUAAUUGCUGCUACCUUUUUCUCGUCAGUUUUGUUGGUUGAAAAAAGACAUUCAACGUUUAAAUGUGAAGCAGAGACUGAAAAUGCCAUAUGGGGUUUGUUGGGAGCUUGAUUGGCUGAAAUUGCACAGAUUUCUCAGAGUAAGCUGUAAAUAAAUGUAAGGUUGGUGUUACAGAGCAAGCCAGAGGCUUGAGGGUGUGUGAGUGGGGGUGUGUGUGUGCUUGGGGGUGUGUGUGUGUAUGGAGAUGUGUCCACAACAAGACUAGAGGUGAACUUUCCUGCCUUUUCCUUAGGGAUGAGCCUGAACAAGUCCCCUCCACCAGACACCCCAGGGCAGAGCCAGGUCAGCUACAGACCUCAACUUAGCGCCUUGGGCUCAUCUCUGAUUUUCACAGGCCAUGCUGGUAUGUCGGGGGAUCAAAACCUCUGCCACCCAUACAUGGGAAACACUUGGAUCCUGCAAUCACUGGGAAGAAGUCGAGUCAGUUGUGUAGCUGUAGCAUCGUGGCCCAGCCUGUGGCCUUUGGGGAUACCUGUUUCUGGGAGACUGGUUUGUUUUGUGUGCAAAAAAGAAGCGUGAGGCUGAAGUGGAGGACUCAGCCCGUGUCUGCACUGUAGGAAUCUCACCUUCCUUGUGAGUGUACGCUGCAGCCCGCCUUUGGAACAGAGUUUUCUUCCUGUAGUUGGGAAACAGGCUGGCGUGUGUCUCAUACUCAUUUUUCUUGUUGUUUUGUCUGCAUUUCCCUGCCCUUCCAGCAUUUUUCAGUGGAGUAUUUGCUCUGUCCUUGAAUGUGGGAGAUGCCUCCUGUGAUAGGAGCGAGCUGUGCUGUGCCACUCUCCUCCCUCUGUUACUCAGUAACUUGGCAGGGGGUGGUCUCAUCCCUCCAGUAAGAGCACGGUAAAAGUGUCCCCAAGAGCAGACUGUGGGAGCAAUCCUGUCCCCCUCCCCCCCAUCUACAGCAUGAAAAUGAAAUCUUCUCUAAAUUUGGAAUGAUCUGUUUGACACAUUUUGUCCUUGCAGAUGUGCUGAGGUGAAGGUUGCAGUUCUUGGAGAGGUUCCAGUUAAAAAAUGGGGCAAAACACCAAAGAAACACUUCUUUGGGUGUGAUCUGGAACUGUUCCACAACAGUUUAGGUACAGACAGGAUCAGUGUUUCAACCUGCUUUGAAUUUCUCCUGCUUUAAAAGUAGAGGUUAGUUGAACUAAGACAUUUUUAAUUGGCUUAUAAGGGGAAGUUGCAAUGUCAUUAUGAGAUGGGAAGAUUUUCUGCAUAAGUAAAUAUCUCCCCAUGGAACAAAUUGCACAGCUGUUUUCUUGUAGCCUUUCAAAAUCAGAGAUGGUUGCUGUACAACCACAGCUCCAUGAUCAGAAGUUACAACCUUGCAAAAGAGUUUCCUGGAAGUUUUUUCAGCUGUGACGUGGGCCUGGCAACCCCACACUGCAGAGCUGGGCUCCUCAUGUAGGUUAGACCCUGCAGAGCUGAGCUCCUCAUGUAGGUUAGACCCCCUCUCAUCUGAAUUUCUUCUUCAGACAAAAAGGCCUGAGAGAACAGGAACACGCAGACUGCUUCAAGCUGCCUUAAUACCACCUGUAUUUCUGUCUGAGGGCGAGGAGAUUGUUGCUGAGAUUGAACAGUCCAUAGUCUCAUCUCUGGGUUUGGUUUGGUUCUGUUGUUUUCUCCCUGCUCCUCUUUAUAAAUCUCUCCAGCAAUUGGGUAAUGACGAUCCAGAACUUAAAAUUAUGAGAAGCACAACUGAUUUCUGUGAUUGAACGUUGGUUGUAACUGCAGGAGCAGGAGCAUUUGGGAGUUAAACCAGCUGCUCAGUUUCUUUAUUGUUCAAUAAGGUUCAUCUUGUUGUGUUGACGCUCCAGUUGGCAUCUCUACAGCUUGGCCUUUUACUUUGCAAGCUUUGGAAAUGCACAGAAGUGUCCUGGGUCUCAGAACUGAAGCCCCUGCGUGCAGCACUUCUGCUGACGCCGUUGGGUUUCUUCCUCUCUGAUCCUUCAAACCAGUGCAUUAACGGUGGUUUUGUGGGGGCAAAGACACCCUAAAUGGCCCAGCCCCUAAUUACCUGCUGACAGCUUUGUAUUUCCCAGCAUACCUGUGUGCUCUGGAUGGGAUCAGCCCCUGUAGUUUGCCUUAAUCUUUGUUGAGGAGAUGUAGGGAGGCAGGUCACGGUCUUCUGAAAUGAGAUCAUUGGGUUGCAGUCCUUCACGGGGUUUUUGGGAGUACCAAAGGGAUUUGUGUGCCAAAGACUGUGAGCACCUAAAUGACUUGGGUACUUCUGAAACUGCCUGUAAGCCAUCCCUUUUUAGGAUCUCAGACAAAUAAUGUGGGUUCUUGGCAGAGCUGAGCUCCUGGAGCCCCCCAGGAGGGAACAAAGCUGUUGGGCCCACCAGCACUUGUGAAAAAUCCCAUUAGUCUGGUACCAAAAUCAAACCCAAGGCUUCUCUUUUCUUCCCCUUAGAUCUUGGCUUGCAGAGUCCUACCUGUGCAGUUUUUGUCUCAGACUGUGAAGCUGCCCCAUCCCCAAAACAGAUAAUUUUACAGUGAGAGUUUUAGGUCUGGUUGAGUUGAUUUCCACGAGCUGCCGCUGUGGCUGCCCCAGCCCUGAGAGCCAGCGGGUUUCAUGGGGCAGGCCAGCCCUGCAGCUUUGGAAGGCAGCCCUCUGGAGAUGCCUCUCUAAUCCCUCUGGGUACUUUGGCUCAUGCUUUGAGAGGGGUGAGAUGAGAGGAGAAAGGCAGAAGGUGUGUGGCACACACCAGCCUGGACCAGAGCCCACGGUCAGCACAGGCACCCCAUGGAAGUAGUGACAAGGCCUGGAAAAGGAGCUCACCAGCACAUGCUGCUUGACAGAGAUUGACUGAAGUUUUCUUCACUGAGAAGCCUGUCCCCAGUUUGUUUUCUGUUAAAUUGAAACCUAAGACAGGAGAGAUAUUGACUGUGCUCCCUGUAUCUUGCUGAGUGAAGUGACCCAAGAGGAUAGUGUAAAAGUUGUGGAAAUGGGACCCAAGUGUGUAUUUUCCCACCGUGCCACUGGCCUGGGCUCGAGGUGCCUCUGCAGUGAGUGUUUGAGGGAGCACACUCUGUGCUCCCAAAUCCCAACACCUUCAUCCAUCCCUUCAGUUCCCUCCCCUGUCUGCCAUCCCAGGUUGGUCCCUGUGAGCGUGCUGUGACUUUCAGGGGGCCAGGAGGGUAAGGGGCUCACCUUGCAGAUAUUUAUAUUGUAUAGAGCAGCUUCUUUCUACCAGAAGACAAAAGCAUUUUUAAACUCCAGCAGAGUAUACAGUAGUUUCAGUUCUGGUUUUUGUGACCUUUUUCAGGGAUCAUUUCAGUGCAUUUCUGUAUAAAAUAACAAGGGAAAAAGAAAAGGAUUUUGAAGUAUCAGCCCUGCAUCCUCUGUACAUAGGCAAACACAAGAAUCUUCUCUUCAAACACCGUUUCUUGUAGAAACAUGUUGAAAUUUUUUUGCUGAUUUCUUUGUACUUCAAGAGCAUGUAAAUAAUUUAUUAAAGGUGACUAUUGUAAUUUGGAGUUCUUUUUAAACAGAUCCCAGCUCCUUAAACUGUUGUCGGGGAGAUGGGGAGGAAGAAGGACUGAGGAUAGCAAAGGAGCUGGUGGCCUUUACAGCUUGUGUCAAGCUUUGUAUAAUGUAAAUUCUGUACAAAUGUGGGGUUGUUUUCCUUUUGUCAAAUAAAUAGAUGGAAUUAGAAGCAUUAAGAAACUGAAGACAAAAAAAAAACUUGCCAAGUGAAGGCGGCUUCUCUCCCUCCCCCAACCCCUCCCCAUCUGAAAUGUGCAAAAUCUAUUUAUUUCAAGCGAGGAAAUGUGUACAGUCUAAUAGACAACCUAAAAUGUAUUUAAGUGAGUUUGCAACUGGAUUCUUUUCCAUUUAAUAUUUGUUUUGUUUUUAUGAGUUUCCUCCUUAAUUGCCACUGUAGUAUUUGUCCAAGGGAAAAGAAACACAUCGAACGGGACACUCUAAUCGACAACACGGGGCAGUUUGAAAGGCAAACGAAAUGGAACAACACCCAGCUCCCCAACCCUUGUGGUUUUCUGGUUCCAGCAACAGGUUGUUUUAAUUAAACAAAGGGCCUCCUUUAAAAGGGGGCAGGGUUCUAGAAUGGUUUGCAACACGUGGAAAAACGAAAAUGCAGUUUUUGUUAAGUUCCUUCCAAACCACCUCUGCUUGUGGAGAUUUAGGAUUUCUGCUUUUUCUUUCGUUAAGCAAGUUUAUGAAUUUAGGGAUGUUUGUGCAUAUAGAAUCUGUCACCAGUAUGUAUCUUGUUUUGAAGAAAGUGUUUUUGUUGUGGAUGUGUCAUGCUGUAUAUAUUUGUUCAUAUUUUUGUGAAUUGAAUACUAUGUACCAUUGUAUUAUAGUAACUUUUAUAAAGCAAACCAUAAA